ACCAACUCCUCCCUCCAACGUGACAUGGAGCGCGAGACUUUGAAGUCGAUCCGAUCCAGCUCUCCAAACUUCGAGUCGAUAGACGAGACGGAUCAGAUCGGUUUCAUCGGAUCGACGGAUCCAGAUAAGUUGAGUUCGUAAGAGAGUUGAAUUCUUGUACAGGUCCAAAAGAAGUCCAGAUUUAUCUCACAAGAAGUUGGAAGCCCAAAAAAAUUGCCGUUUUAAAGUUUUGGUGGACCCGGAGUGGGGAGCAGCACUCCACGUCAAAAACCGAGACGACGAGAUUCGCCUAAUUUCCGACUCGAAUCGGCCUUCUUCCGCGGAAAACUUAAUUGCCGCGAAAUUUCCAGCUGCACUGGGAAAUUUGCCCCUCCCGAUCGUCUUCUCCGAAGGCGUUCUUCCGAUCGAGGAAGUCCGAGAAACUUUCGCCUCUCCUCCCCCGCCACCUAUUCGGAGAGAGAAAUUUGGUGAAUUCGAUCAGAAUUUCCUGGUCUGGACUGUUGGUGACUCGGGAAACACGAUGAAUAUUUUCGGGAAAAAGCCGACAACAAAAGAAGCGGUGCGCGCAAGUAAGCGAGAGAUGGCCGUCGCCACAAGAGGUGUCGAGAGGGAGAUUGCAGGACUGCAAUUAGAGGAGAAAAAGCUUGUUGCAGAAAUAAAGAGGACAGCUAAGACUGGGAAUGAUGCUGCCACUCGGGUGUUGGCUCGUCAACUUGUGAGGCUCAGGCAGCAGAUCUCAAAAUUGCAAGGAAGCCGUGCACAGAUGAGAGGGGUUGCGACCCAUACUCAAGCAGUGUAUGCCACUACUUCGGUUGCUGCUGGUAUGAAAGGUGCCACCAAAGCAAUGUCAUCAAUGAACAAGCAAUUAGCACCUGCAAAACAGAUGAAGAUUAUGAAAGACUUCCAGAGGCAGGCAGCGCAAAUGGAUAUGACUAGUGACAUGAUGUCAGAGACGAUUGAUGAUGUCUUAGACGAUGACGAAGCUGAGGAGGAAUCUGAGGAGUUGACGAGCCAGGUGCUCGAUGAAAUUGGAAUUGAUAUUGCUUCACAGUUGUCUUCAGCCCCUAAAGGAAGAGUUGCAGGGAAGACCGUUGAAAGUGUGAGCAGACCGGAUGUGGAUGAGCUAGAGAAGAGGCUCGCGGCUCUGAGAAGUGGCUGAAUUUUCACGGCGUGGCCUUCGAACCACAAAGACAGGAAUUUGUGCGAGACUGAAUGGACAAGACAAGGUUUAAUUCACGAUUUAUUGGACUAUUUUGUCUCCUCCGAAGAAACUGUAUAAAUGAUCAACUGAAGUAUUAAUUUGCUUCCACCAUCAGUUGUGUACACUGUACAGCUCACGUAUGUAUCGUGAUAAACCAUAUUAUGAUCAA